AUGAACCCCUCUAGCUCCCAACAUUCUCUCCCCACUGGAGAGUCUGAAAACCCUAAGAACUCUGAUUUCAAUCGAAGUACAAAAAAGAACGCGGUCAGGAAUGGAAAAGAAACUAAGCUAGCAUCUCUGUUUGAGCGGCACCCUCUUGAAGACAUUGAGGUUGAAGAAGGUGACGUUAUUGUGUUGGUGAAAACCAGGUUUGGUCUAUUGAACUAUCUAAGUCAGUCAAAGACCGCCUAA